UUUUCAAGAGAAUGCAAGCAAGGCGAAGCCAAGCGAGCAAAGUUUUUUCAAAAGCUUAUGUAUGAUUAUAAGUAUAAGUAUAAGAAUAAGUUCCAUGUUAAGAUACUAAGACAUGACCCCAAUGGAUGUAGUUUUAUGAGGAGUCGAGCCCUCGA